AUGAACGGCUCGCAGGCGGACGUCACAUCCCGGGCCGCCUGGCUGAGCUCCUGUUGCAACCAGUCGGGGGUGCUGCCGGAGCCCCCCGAGGGGCCGCGCGCUGUGCAGGCGGCGGUGCUGGGCGUGCUGUCGCUGCUCGUGCUCUGCGGGCUCCUGUUCCUGGGCGCCGGCCUACUGUUCCGCGCCCAGGGUCUGACGGCGCUGCUGGCCCGAGAGCUGCGCGCGUCCCGGGAGGGAGAGCCCGGCGGCGCCAGCGGAGGCGAGGAUGACUCCUAG